ACGUCAGACUAGGUGGGAACUGAUGUCAUUAGUGUAAUUUCGUUAAACUCGGUGCCCAUUUCCCAACCGCCCCUAUCCACUUCCUUACGUUUUCCCUCCCUCUCUUUAGAUGGCAUUUUCACCGUCAAGGUAGAGAGAGAAAGAGAGAGUGAAUUAGAGUUCUACUGUGCCUGGUCACAGUGUUACACACAUACAAUAUAGAUAUAGAGAGAGAAAGGAAGAGCCGAGUGAUAGAGAGAGAGAGGGUGGAAGAGAGAGAAAGUGGAAACAACCCCAACUAUGAAGCAUAUUUUCAAGAAGAAGCCUCACCACCCCAAUCGAUCGAACGAGACUCCUCAAUCUUCUUCCUCUUCUUCCUCCUCCUCCUCCUCUUCUUCGACCGCGUUGACGUCAUCAUCGUCGCAGUCUUGUGCCUCCGAUCAUCGCACCUCUACACACUUGCAGUCGCCGCAGAGUCCUUCAACGCCGCCGCCGCCGCCUUCAACUGUCUCGGCGCCUGUUGCCGGUGGAGGAGCGCCGGCGGUCAAUCGGCAGCAGGAUUACUUUGCCUCGGAGGAGGAUUACCAGAUACAGCUCGCCUUAGCCCUCAGUGUCUCCUCGUCGCAGGCUGAGGAGUCUUUUCGGUGCGAUGUUGACUCCGGCAAAGGUCAAAUCCUCGGUGGAGGGAGAUAUGGUGCCGACUCGGCUCGGGAAAGGGAGGAAGCGACUGCGGACUUGCUGUCGAGGCAGUAUUGGGAUUACAGCAUUCUUGACUAUGAGGAAAAAGUUGUUGAUGGCUUCUAUGAUGUAUAUAGCCUCUUCAACAAUUCUGCAAGUCGAGGGAAAAUGCCAUCUCUAUCUGAACUGGAAACAAAUGGUGGGAGUUCUGACUUUGAAGUUGUGAUAGUUAAUCAGAAAAUUGACCCUUCCUUGGAGGAGCUUAUACAGGUUGCACAUUGCAUUGCGUUAGACUCCCCUGCCAGUGAGGUUGGUCUGCUAGUUCAGAGACUUGCUGAACUUGUAACAGAACAGUUGGGUGGGCCAGUGAAAGAUGCAAAUAUCAUACUCACUAGAUGGAUGGAAAGAAGCAUGGAGUUGAGAACUUCUCUUCAUACCAGUGUGCUGCCUAUAGGAUCCCUAAAUAUUGGGCUGUCACGCCAUCGUGCUUUGCUUUUCAAGGUUUUGGCUGACCAUGUUGGAAUUCCUUGUAGACUAGUUAGAGGUUACACGGGUGUUGAGGAUGAUGUUAUCAACAUCAUAAAGUUACCUAAUGGGAGUGAGUUUUUGGUUGAUCUCAUGGGUGCACCUGGGACACUUAUACCAGCAGAGGUUCUGAGUGCAAAAGAUACUUCUUUCAAGCCAUACAAUCCAAAUGUGAACAAUCUUCCCAGUGUCCAGUCAACUAGUGGUUCUGGAGAUUAUUACUCAAGACCCAACUCCUCGGAUGAUAAGAUGGAAAAUGAUUUUUCUACUAUUACGAGGCCAGUGAAGCCAGAAUCAAAUCCUUUAGUUUCAAAUACAGGUGUUGGCGCUUGUUCAUCAGGAUUAGGCAGCAGAGGUCCUAGCCAGUUGGAUCGUAUUCCAUCAUUGGUAAUUGGGAAGUCCUUGUACAAAGGUCGUGGACCUAAUGCUGCUGGUGAUGGCUCAAGGUUGAAUGUGAAUGUGGUUCCAUCGGAUGACCCAAAGAAUCUUUUUGCUGAUCUCAACCCAUUUCAAAUAAAAGGAUCUGGCUUGGCUCAGAAUAACAAUGGGUUGCAGUUUCCAAAAAAUAAUCCCAUGAAUUGGAAAAAUCGCUAUGCAUGCAAUGAGGCUCCUGGCCUUUUGCCAAAGAACAACCGUGGUGCUAAUGAUUAUAAUGCAUCAUCAAUGGCUUCUUCCAGCUCAACUACACCUCUGAAAGUUCUCUCUGAUACCUCAAGGAUGCCUGGUAAAUCAUAUGAUGUCUACAGGGAGAAGAACAACACUGCUUCUGGUGCUGGUAGUACAUCAAUGUUGGCAUCAACUCAAUCUGAGUUUAGAAAGUUCUCUCUAGAGGAUAAUCAAAGCAGUAAUCAUAAGCAAACAUAUGACAGGGAAGGGGUCUUGGAAAGUAAUGACACAGACAGACCCAGAGCUCAUGUGAAGGAUGUUACUAUGCAGAAUGACGGGAAAAAGAUUACACAAUAUAAAUUAACUGGGACAAAUUUGAAAUUGAAGGAGCCGGAACAUUCAAACACUAAAAUAGGGUUGAGUUCAUCCCGGAUUGAUCCAGUACUUGAUGAUGUGAAUGAAUGUGAAAUUCCAUGGGAAGAUCUUGUUCUUGGUGAAAGGAUUGGACUAGGUUCAUAUGGAGAGGUCUACCGUGCUGAUUGGAAUGGCACUGAGGUUGCUGUCAAGAAGUUCCUUGAUCAGGAUUUCUCUGGUGCUGCUUUGGCUGAGUUCAAGAGAGAAGUACGGAUCAUGCAACGUCUACGACAUCCAAAUGUAGUUCUUUUCAUGGGUGCAGUAACAAGGCCUCCUAAUCUUUCGAUCAUCACUGAGUUUCUCCCUCGAGGAAGUUUGUACCGGAUAAUUCAUCGUCCUCAGUCUCAAAUAGAUGAAAAACGCAGAAUCAAAAUGGCUCUUGAUGUGGCAAUGGGCAUGAAUUGCUUACAUACAAGCACACCGACUAUUGUUCAUCGUGAUCUGAAGUCCCCUAAUCUAUUGGUCGAUAAUGAUUGGAAUGUCAAGGUGUGUGAUUUUGGUUUGUCACGCUUAAAACACAACACUUUCUUGUCAUCCAAAUCAACAGCUGGAACGCCUGAGUGGAUGGCUCCUGAAGUUCUACGUAAUGAACCUUCAAAUGAAAAGUGUGAUGUUUAUAGCUUUGGUGUUAUUCUGUGGGAACUUGCAACACUGAGAUUACCUUGGAGUGGGAUGAAUCCUAUGCAAGUUGUAGGGGCUGUUGGUUUCCAGAAUCGGCGUCUUGAAAUCCCAAAAGAAGUGGAUCCACAUGUGGCAAGGAUAAUAUGGGAAUGUUGGCAGAUGGAACCAAAUUUGCGGCCAUCAUUUGCACAGUUAACAGUGGCAUUAAGGCCAUUGCAGCGGCUUGUGAUUCCUUCACAUGUGGACGAGCCAAGUUCAGCUUUGCCACAAGAAAUAUCUGUAAAUUCUACACCUUGAUUGUCUUCUUGGCUCCUAACUGUCAAUAAAAGGCUGUUCUUUAUAGAAAGAGGGAUCAUUUUCAUCUCCCUAUGUGAAGCUGAGAAACGAGAGUAGGUCAUUCGUGGAGGAUGGAAGGGUGUAGCAUCCAUCAUCAAUCAAUCAAUCAAAAAUAUAAGUGUAGAAAGGUGCAUAUUAGUUGUGUUUCUUGUAUAGUGGAAUGCUGCUGCAUAUAAGUUUGGGUACGUGUGUGUUUUUUUGAAACUGUAAAAAGUUUACUAUGUUGGGUAAAUCUUGCGGCUUUUGUCACCCCAACCCAACCCAAGGAAGUUUUGGUAUUCGCAUUUUUAAUACUAUUGACUCUAUUACAAUGCAGUAUCUGUUUAUAA